AUGCACAAAAUUCACUAUUCUCAUCAAUAAUCUCCUUCUGCUACUCCAGGUUAGAGUUCGUCCCCAUUAAAGAAGACAUAAUUAGUACUCAAAUAAACAAAUAGAACUAUAACUUCAUAAGCAGAGAAUGCAGUUUGUUACAAAAAAAAGAGUAAAACUACUAUGAAUGCAGAGAUUGAAUUGAAAAAACAAAUAUAAGUGCAGAAUUAACAAUACAAAGAGUUGGCUUUAAAAUAUGAGCUGUCAAUAUAGGAAAUUCAAAAGUAUUAAAUGAUCAUUGAACGCAACAAUUAAAAGAGAAAUCAUGAGAAAUAACAACUCCUGUCUGAAAUAUCUAUGUUAAAGAAAUAAUUAGAAUAACGUAGUAAAUCUCAAAUAGACUUGCAUGAGAAUGGAAUUCUUGGACAUUUAGUUAAUGAGGUAAACUAAAAGGCUAUCCUGAUGGAAUUAUCUGAGUAUAAGGACAAAUGCAAAUAACUAUUAAACGAAUUGGAUACAAAGAAUCUGUAGUUAGAUUAGUAAAAAAUGUUAUUAAUUUUAAGUGUUACAAAGAAAUUAAUAAAUACUCCCUCUUGUUAAGAAUUAAUUAAUUAAGUUUAAGAACUUACUAAAAAGGUGAAUGAAUAAGAGAGUAAACUUCUUUAGUAUGAAAUGCAAUUAGAUCAAUAGCAAGCAAAUAGCAAAUCUAAGUUUUUAUUUAGAGGUUCUGAGUAUUUCAAUAAAAAGAUAUUAGAUGUUGACAAUUUUAGUUCUUCAAGUAACAUACAAUCGACAAUGUCAAAUCAGAAUGAAAACUCUUCUUAGGGAUUGUCAAGUUAUAUUAAAUUUUGA